AUGGCCCGCGCCGCCGCGGCCUACCGCGCCGGGGACUUCGAGGCCGCUGCCGAGGCCUACUCGGAGGCGCUUGCCGGCGCGGAGGGCGCGGAGGCUCGCGCGAGCGCGCUGACCAGCCGCGCGCAGUGCUACCUGAAGCUCGGGCGGUGUGCGGAGGGCCGCGAGGACGCGGCGGCCGCCCGGGCGCUGGCGCCCGAGGACCCGAAGGCCUGGUACAGGCUCGGCGUCUGCGAGGCGCAGCUGGCCCGCCUGCCCGAGGCCGAGGAGGCCCUCGCCAUGGCCGCGGCGCUUCGGCCCAGGGACGCCGACAUCGCGCUGGCCAUGUCGACCGUGCGGCGCCGGCUCACGGAGGCUCGGGGCCGCUAUGCCUGGGCCGACAUCUACGCCGCGUACCUGGGCAAGGCGCCCAGCCCUGGCGACGCGUCUGGGGCCGGCAGCGCCGCGAGCCCAGCCGCUGCUGAGGGUGGCGGCGGUAGCGUGGAUGCCUCGCUCGGCGUCGAGCCGUUCGUCGGCCCGGUGCGCGUGGGUCUGGCCGGUGGCCGCGGCCGCGGCCUCUUCGCCACGGCGCCGGUGGCCGCGGGCACGCUGCUUGUGUGCGCCCAGGCCAGAGGAGCAGGGGUCCGGGGGCCCGCCCGCAGGGUGGCGAGCGCUGCGCGGCGCAGCGCCGAGCUGCGGGAGGCGGUGCUGUGCCUCAGCCGCGGCACCGCCGCCUCGGAGGUGCAGCUGCCGGCGCUGAGCCCCUCGCAGCUCGCGGCGCCCCGGCGGCUGCCCUGCGCCAGCGAGGCGGACGAGCAAGAGAUUUCACUGGACGAGGUGCAGACCGUCCUCUACUACAACCAGUUCAGCCUGCCGCUGGUCAACCCGAACGCCGCCCCCAUUGAGGUGACGAACGACCCUGGCAGGUCGGGCCUGUGGCUCCUGCCCGCCUUCGUGAACCACAGCUGCCGGCCGAACGUGCAGCGGCUGAUCGUGCGGGACUGCCUCUUCCUGCGGGCGGCCCGCGACAUCGGAGAGGGGGAGGAGCUGCUCGACUGCUACGUGGAGUCCCUGCAGCCGCUGAGCCGCCGCCGAGCGCAGCUGGAGACAUACGGCAUCGUGCCCUGCCUCUGCGAGCGGUGCGCGCUGGAGGCGGCAGUGCUGCCUGAGGAGCAGGUCCAGGCGGUCCUGCGGCAGGCCGCCGCCGCCAAGGAGGCGUCCGAGCCCGCGGAGGUGGCCGACAGGGCCGCGGAGGCGGCCCUGCAGGCGGAGGCGGUGCUGGCGCGCGCCCUGUGCGGAGCGCUGCAGGCCGGGGCGGUUCCGCAGGUGGCACCUCUGGUGCUGCCCGCGAGCCCCGUUGCCCUGGAGCGCAUCGGGCCGCUGCGCGAGGGCUUCGAGCCGUUCGCUGACGCGGGCGAGGAGGAGUCCUUCCGGCGGCAGGAGGCGCUGCACGAGCUGCUGCUGGGGAGCAUGGCCAACGUCAUCCGCGCCCACGCCGUCAGCCUGCGGGGCCUCAACCGCCACGUGGACGCCGCUGCGGCCUGGUCCCGAGUGCUGGACGCGCUCGAGCAGGUCAUACCAUGCUCAGAGCUCGCAGCCAUCGUCUCCAGCGAGGCCUUCAAUGCCCGCCUGCUGGCCUUCCAGCUCGAUCACCGGAAUGCGGCCAGGGGUGCCUUCCGCAGGUGCCUGCUCUGUGGCCACCGGGCAUACGGCGGGGGCGCGAUGGCGUGGCGGGUCCUGAACGAGCAGACCUACGCCAAGUCGAUCAUCGAGGCGUCCGAGGGUGUCUGGGCCACGUUGCAAGCAGAGCUGGGGCUGAGCGAGGACACCUACGACCCCGCCGCGCUGGCCGUGCCCCGUCCGCAGUCCGACGGCCCAGGACCCAGUCGCGGGCAGGGCUUCGAGGACCUGCUGCGGCGCCGCGCCCGCGGGGAGCAGCCGCCGCCCCCGCGGCAGGGCGCCGCUGCGGCAGCCGCGGGCACCACGGCCGCGGCCGCGGGCGCGGCCGGCAGCGGCGGCGCCGCUCCCCGUGAGGCGGCCGAGGGCCCCGCGGAGGCUGCCGCCACAGCCGCCACACCCACAGACGGGGCCAGCGGCGGCGCCGCCGCUCGCCGCGAGGGCGCGGUCCAGGUCGCCGUGGAGGCGGCCCGUGGCGCCGCCGCGGGCGCGGCCGGCGGCGCUGCGCGGCGCGAGGGCGCCAUGGAGGGCCCCGCGGAGGCGGCCGCCGCCGUCGCCGCCGCGGCCGCAGGCACGGCUGGCGGCGGCGCUGCGCGGUGCGAGGGCGUGGUCGAGGGCCCCGGAGAGGGGGAGCUGCAGGCGAGGGGCGGCCGGAAACGUGCCUGCCCUCCCCCCCCCCUCCCCGACGCCUGCAGGCAGAGGGGGGGGCGGCGCGUCCCUCCUCCUCCUCCUCCUCCUCCUCCUCCUCCUCGUCCUUGUCCUCGUCCUCCUCCUCCUCCUCCUUCUCCACCUCCUCCUCCUCCUCCUCCUCUUCUUCCUCGUCCUCCUCCUCCUGGAUGGCUCGAAAGACUGCGAGGAUCAGCGCUGGCCUUCACGUGCCGCCUGUCCCCCCCGGCAGCCUGCCGAGACGCUGGCGCACGUGCGCCGCGACCUCCCUCCCCGUCUGCCGCAUUCUCGGCAGGCUCUUUGCCCACAAGUUCGGUGGGUGUUGGCCCAGAACCUGCCAUGGUGGAAGACUCGUGA